GUGGCCAAGGCCGGGGGAGACCACUGAGGCACUGACGGUGUGUGAGUGAGUGAGUAUAUAUAUACAGGCGAGUAGGCGACGACCGAGGUCACACUUCGCCUCUCAAGCCUCUUGCCGAUUGCUCCCAUUCCAUUCCAUCCCACCGCUCGAUCCAGCUACUACUACUGUACUUCGCAUUCAGCAGCUAGCACUAGCAGGACAGACCACCGCAUCUGGUUCUUCGACCGACGACCGAGUUGUUUGUUGGAUCAGCACAGAGCCACACAGGACGAGAUGAAGAUGAGGACUCCUGCUGUGGCCUUCGCUGCUCUUCUGCUGCUGCUGCUUCAGAUUACGACAAGAGCACAUGGAAUCAGGAUGGACAGGCAGUUACACGAAGCAAUCAACAGCAAAAAGAUGAUGGCCGAUCCCAAGAGCGGCGGCGGUGGGGAAGCAGCAUCCAUUGCUGCCGCCGGCGACUCGGUGAGGAAGCACUGCGCUCCCGAUGGGCGGCGGCGUUGCUCAGGAAAGGUGAAAAAGGCAGCGGCGCACGCUGAUGCAGCAGCGGGAGCCAAGCAGCAGCAGAGCAAUGUCUCGACGGGUAACGUCCAGAGCAGCACAACGGUGGACGGCGAGGCCGCCGCGGCGCAGGCGCAGCAUGGGCGCCACCAAAACGAGGCGGCGGAGGCGGCGACGACGUCCGCGGCUUCUUCUUCUUCUUCUUCCCCGGCCCCGGGCGUGGCGUACUACCCGGACAUCAUGGACAUCGCCGGGAUGGACUACUCGCCCGCCACGCGAAAGCCUCCCAUCCACAACUGAAUGGUGUCGUUGUUGGUGGUGGGCUUGGCUAUACGAAUGGAAGACCACCACCAGCGCAGCACGUGAGUUGGUGCGCGCAG